AUGACGUCACGUCCCGCAAACGCGUUACCGAUACGCACUGGGUUUCUGGACUCAGGAGGGUCGCUCAUUGCGGGUACAUUUUUUUAGUAAACUCUGAAGACGGAAGGAGUUUCUUUCCACUCACACAUUUCUGCUGUUUACAACAGACCGGGAUACUAUUUAUUCACAGGUGAUCGGUUAACCCAAAGAUGAAUUUUGAGCAGCCCCCUCCAUACCCAGGCAGUGGACCCACUGCUCCAGGCUACCCAGCUGGAGGCCCACCUCCACAAGGCUACCCACCUCAAGGUUACCCUCCACAGGGUUACCCUGUGAACAUGGAGCAGCCUAAUCCAGCUUACCCCAGCUACAAUGCCGGACCAAUGGGCCCCGGAGGUCCUUAUCCUGGCCCAGGACAGCCUCCUUAUGGGUAUGCUGGACAACCACAACCACAGUUUGGCUGGCAGGGGGGACCCCCUCCGGGGCCUAUGUAUGGGGAAGCUCCCAAAAACACAGUGUACGUGGUGGAGGACAGGAGAAGAGACGACACAGGAGACACAUGCCUGACAGCCUGCUGGACAGCUCUGUGUUGCUGCUGUCUCUGGGACAUGCUGACAUAACUAUUCCCCAACUGGUCACCCCUAUUACUCCUCCUGCAACCCCAUUUCUGUGCCUCGAAUCCCCAUCAUCCUUUCCCUCCCCUUUCUGCCUUAAACCAAGCACUCCCUUAAAGCCGCCCCUCCACUUCCUCUACAAGUCUUUUGCUCGUCUAUAAAUAAUUGCCUCGAUCCCGUAUGGAAGUCUCUGUCCGGAGCCACUUACUCUACCCGACUGACUGACUGACUGACCCUGGUACAGGGGCUACUUUGUAGCAGCUUGUAACUGAGCUUCUAAAUAUAACCUGAAUUUCAGGCUGUUCGCUGUAAUCUUACACCAACACACAACAAACUCACAACAAACACACACAAACGCACACACACACACACUUGUAUCUCAGGCUCAUCUAGUGUGAGGCUCUUUGGCACUUUAUGAUGAUUACCUCUGUAAGAUACUACUCCUGCCUGCCCUGUCAACCAUCUCCAGUCCUCCCUCACCUCCCAUCAGCUGUGCUACUCCCCCCCCCCCCCCCCCCCCUUACCCUGAAGGCCACCAAGACCCCGGCUGUUAAUGAGCCACAGGGCGCUCUUAAGAAGCUGAUGCUUGAAAUGUAUCCCUUUGAUUUGCACAGAAGCUGUUGUUGCCGACGUUUGUCUUCAGGUGGAAUCAUAUGACAAUAAAUGGAAUGCAUUUUUAAAGAUGACAGUGAUUUAUGUUUGAUAACAGUCGAUGGCCACAGUCGAUGUUUUUUUUCAUGGUGAUCUUGAUAUGAAAAAAAAAAUCCAAUAUUAUUUUUAUUACCUUGGAGAUAAAACUGAAAAUGUGAAAAAAAAGUUGUGAUUGCUUAACAGAAAAAAGAAACCAAAUGACCUGUCAGAUGCCUUUUUGCUUUGGAUGAGAAACUUGCAUUAAAACAAUUUAUUCCCAUGAAA